UCUGUGCAGCGUUAGAAACAUUUUGCCAUCUAAUGCAGAAAGGAAAUUGUGUGAAUAUUUAUUCAUUUAUUUAUUUAUUUGUGUUCUGCGUGGAAAAUCGUCCCUACGGCUUGGCGUACGCCCUGGAUGCUGAAGAUCUGCGCGUGUUCAGAAAGGAACUGAGCAGGUUUUUAGAAUAUUAAGUCGACUGUCAACGGCAGACAACUGUUUUUGUCCGGUGUCUUUACUUCUAGAUAUCCAAUGACCUGUGUGACUGCUAUUCAUAGACGCAUUCCAGCAUGUGUGGUUAAACUGCUCUCUUCUUUCAGUGGGACUUUAUUCUCAGAAUAUAUGAGAGGCUGUGUUUGGCGGCUUCUGAUUGGCUGAGAAUGAAUCAAUGAAACAUAUCUGGUGAUAUCAGAUCUAAAUUAAAAUAUUUACUUAUUUGGCUUGAGACUUAUUUAGUUUUUAGAUUUUAUUCAAGAAUAUAAUCUGAACUCAUUGGGGAAAUUUUUCUUUUCUUUUUUUUAAGAAAAAGAAAACAAGUUUGCUUUAUAUCUUGUUGUCUCAGUGUUUCUAAGGCACAAUCUCGAACUUUUUCACUCUUAUCUUUUUUUUUCUUUCUUUUCUUUCUUCUCUACAUCCACAUCUCCCUCCCUGGUCUGCGGUCUCUUUAAAUCCAAAUCCAGUGGACGAGAGCUGCGCGUCCUCACAAACUCUGUCUGGCCGCUGAGAUUGCCCGCACUCCGCCUGAUAAACAGCUGCUUACCAUUUAGGGCACUUCACAAACUUUUCUCCCAAACUCCUCGAAUCCGGGACCAUUUUUUUUUCUUUCUACGUGUGCGUGCGUGUGUAUGUGCGAGUCUGUGGAUGUUCAGAUAUAGAAAGUCUUGCGCCGCUGGAAGCACAAGUCUGGAUUCUAGGUUUGCGUAAUGCUCAGGCGUCCUCUCUUCAACAUCUGGAUUAACUAUUUGGAGUCGCAGCUAGCGGCCCUGCUCAAACUUCUGGCCGUGUAGCAGUUUCUUCUAUGGAAAAACUCUUUUUAUUUUUUUUACUCUGGAAUUUAACCUGAUAAUCCGAGUUUUUGCGCAUAGAUUAUGUAUUCUUUAAAAUGGGUGCGAACAAUGGAAAACUGUAUGGAAGCGAGGGUAAAGGGAGCUCAAGCAUCUCCUCUGACAUAAGUUCGAGCACAGAUCACACACCAACUAAAGCCCCGAAGAAUGUGGCUACCACCGAAGGUCUCGAGUCCAGCACCAGAACUCUGAGCACGCCCAGCCCGGGUCUGAUCCUGCCGUCCAAAUCCUCCUCCCUCUCCUCCCCGGCUCUCUCCAGCAACGGCCACGAGACCAACUCCUCGUCGUCGUCCUCAGCCCCCGCUGAGACCAUCGCCGUGAUCCACCCUCAGCCCGGCGCUCACACCCGCUCCAGACAGUCCAAAGGCCACCACCAUGCCCCCAUCGACCUCCUCCCCGACCACACCCUCCUGCAGAUCUUCUCCCACCUCCCCACCAAUCAGCUGUGCCGGUGCGCGAGGGUGUGCCGCCGCUGGUACAACCUGGCGUGGGACCCGAGGCUGUGGAGCACCGUCCGGCUAACGGGGGAGCUUCUCCACGCCGACCGCGCCAUCAGGGUCCUCACCCACCGGCUGUGCCAAGACACCCCGAACGUGUGCCUCACCCUGGAGACGGUGGUGGUGAACGGCUGCAAGAGGCUCACCGACCGGGGGCUGCACGUGGUGGCUCAGUGCUGCCCCGAGCUGCGUCGCCUGGAGGUCGCCGGGUGUUACAACAUCUCCAACGAUGCUGUGUUUGAGGUGGUGUCCCGCUGCCCCAACCUGGAACACCUCAACCUCUCAGGCUGCUCCAAGGUCACAUGCAUCAGCCUCACCCAGGAGGCCUCUCUCCAGCUGUCCCCCCUGCACGGCCAGCAGAUCUCCAUCCACUACCUGGACAUGACCGACUGCUUUUCCCUCGAGGACGAGGGCUUGCGAACUAUCGCCUCCCACUGCCCGCGCCUGACGCACCUGUACUUGCGCCGCUGCACCAGACUCACGGACGAAGCCUUGCGCCACUUGGCUCUCCACUGCCCUUCGAUAAGAGAGCUCAGCCUCAGUGACUGCCGCCUGGUGGGGGACUUCGGCCUCCGCGAGGUGGCUCGCCUCGAAGGGUGCCUGCGCUACCUGAGCGUGGCCCACUGCACCCGCAUCACGGAUGUGGGCAUCCGCUACGUGGCCCGCUACUGCCCGAGGCUGCGCUACUUGAACGCGAGGGGUUGCGAGGGGCUCACGGAUCACGGCCUGGGCCACCUGGCAAGGAGCUGCCCCAAACUCAAGUCCAUGGAUGUGGGCAAAUGCCCGCUGGUGUCGGACAGCGGGUUGGAGCAGCUGGCCAUGUACUGCCAAGGCCUGAGGCGAGUCAGCCUCAGAGCCUGCGAGAGCGUAACGGGCCGAGGACUCAAGGCUCUGGCGGCCAACUGCUGCGAGCUGCAGCUUCUCAACGUGCAGGACUGCGAGGUGUCGCCGGAGGCCCUGCGGUUCGUCAGGCGCCACUGCCGGCGCUGCGUCAUCGAGCACACGAACCCCGCUUUCUACUGAGGCGCGGAGCUCUCGGACUGCUCUUCUGACAAGUGGAUGUUCUAAUAUUCCUGCUAUGGCAGAGUCGAUUGGCCGAUGCGUCGGAGCUGGUGUGCAAUACUGGCCAGAAUUUGUCUUUUGUUUUUUUUUUGUUUUUUUUAAACGCGCUCGUGGCUGUUAAUGCUGUCCUUUUGAAAACACUUCCACAGAAUGUAUUUAAACGUAUUUAUCUGGAAAAAAAAAAAAAGGCAGAAAAGUUCAGUAUUUUACUUCUUCCCCAGAAUCACCAUGUAACAACACUGAGCACUGGGUACAGCUGUGUUACCAUUUAAAAGCAUUGUAAUAUAUAUUUUCUAUUUUAAAAAGUCAUCACAUUAAAGCCCUGAAUCAUAAUCCUUUAUCAUACAUUACUACAGCUAUUUAUAAACAGCAAGUAUCUUCAGACUAAAGCUGGAUUUGUGCUUCUGCAUCGGAGGAUUCUGCUCGGGUCGAGGGGACAGUCUCUCAGAAAACAAACGGGUCGAUUUGGGGAAGCGUAACUGCUCGCGGCUGCGCGGGCUACGGCGUCGAUCCGUUGCAGAAGUAUAAACCCGGCUUAAACCACUGAGAAUGUAGCAGCAACAAAGCGGACCCGCUGAUUUUAAAGUACACUCCGUUUCACUUUUCUUUGUGUUGUGUGCACUUUACGCAACUGUACUGACAAUCACUCUGUGUUAAUGAAAGGUUACUGAGGGGGCUUGUACUGCCAAAAGCAAAUGGUUGUUAAAAAUAAACAAGAACACAUUGCUGCUGUAACUGUGCCAAUAAACGUCUUCUAA